UGAGAAAUUAAAACGUCCCAAAUGAAGAUGUAAUACGGAUUUAAAAGACGCACAAAAACGUAAAUGCCAAAAUUCCCAUAUGGGGCCAGCACUUGAAAGCAGCAUAAGCUUUAGUGUGUGUAUGUGUGUGUGUGUGAGCCUGUGUGUGUGUGCGCUCUCCCCGCUCUGUUUGUGAGGCAGAGAGUUGCGUGCGAAGAGCUCGACAUGUCAUUCAGAGGAAUCCGCCACCUGAAACGCGAGGAAGUGAAGGCGACUCAAUUGGGUAUAAAGCAUCAGCCAACAUCUGCCCCGAGCAGUGCAAAGCUGAUGAAAACAUCAGCUCGGAGCGCACAUAGGACCUCUCCGAUUUAUUUGAUUUCCUUUGGAUUUAUCAUUUGGCAUAAUCGAGUCGGUGCAUCCUGGGAGACGCAUCUUUUUUUUUCUUGAAGUGAAUGUGACUCAACAGACAGCACUAUACUGGAAUUAACUCGUUUUCACAAAGAUUUUGGCGCACCUGUUACCUCCACGGAGCGCAAGAUCAUGAUCCCUCCGGGAGACUGCAUGUAUGCGGGCAGGAAGAGGAGGAAGCCCAUCCAAAAACAGAAGCCGUCCUCUGCCAAUGAGAAAACCAACCCCUCCAAGCGGCACCGGGACAGGCUGAACGCUGAGCUGGACCGGCUGGCCAGCCUGCUGCCUUUCCCCCCGGAUGUCAUCUCCAAGCUGGACAAGCUGUCAGUGUUGCGCCUUGCAGUUUCCUACCUCCGUGUCAAGAGUUUCUUCCAAGCAAAUCAAGACAAGACCUCCAGAAAGCACAUCACCAACUCAGCACCCUCCAACCCAGAGCCCAGGAAAGACAGCCUCCCCAUGGGCACCAGCGUCAAUGAAAGCAGCCUCCUCCUGGAAUCUCUGACAGGCUUCGCCCUGGUGGUGAGCAGCGACGGGAUGGUGUUUUACGCCUCCUCGACCAUUGUGGAUUAUCUGGGAUUCCAUCAGACUGAUGUGAUGCACCAGAAUGUGUUCGACUACAUCCACAUAGACGACCGUCAGGAGUUCAAACGUCAGCUCCACUGGGCCAUGUGUCCACCACAGCACCAGGGGACACAGGGACACCAGGACAACCAACUCGCCACUGGGACAGGUGAAGACUUUGUGGUGAGCAGUCUGUUCCAUUCUCCAGAGGCGGGGGGAAUUCCUCCAGAGCUUUCCUGCUUCCUCAACAGAUGUUUUAUCGCCAGAGUCAGAUGCCUCUUGGACAGCACCUCUGGAUUCCUGACGAUGCAGUUCCAAGGUCGGCUGAAGUUCCUCCACGGCCAGAAGAAGAAGUCAGCCUCCGGAGCCCUGCUGCCCCCCCAGCUGGCUCUGUUCUGCAUCGGCGUGCCCCUCCUGCUGCCCUCCAUCACAGACAUGAAGAUGAAGAACAUGCUAAUGAGGGGGAAGAGCAAGGGAGGAAGUGGAGGGGUUCUGUCUGCUAUGGAACAUGGCGAGCGAGGGGAUCACCUCCGGAGACACUCCUUCAGUGGAGGAAUGGGGGACGUUUCAGACCCUCUCCUCCUGUCCUGUCCUACUCCUGGGGGGAACCAGCGAGGCCACCACACUCCAUGGACCCCACUCUCCAAGGACAACCUCAAGUACCGGCCUGAAGGUUACUACAACCAGGAGGAGCCACUCAAUUACUGCAAGUCCUCCAUGGCUCCUCAUAAAGGUCUGAGUCCAGGUCUGAGUGGCUGGCCCAUGCGAGCCGGAUCAGGACCCCUCAGAGGAGCGGGUCAGGGUGUCGGCUACGUCCCCCCUAACCGCUUGAACAAGGCUGGGCAUUAUGGGAAGCCGUACCGCCUUUCCCCGAGCUGCCACGGCGGCAGAGGAGGCGAGGUGUUUGUCUCCAAGCUCUAUGGAAACCUGCAAAUCCCCUCAGACCCUGAUGCCUACUGCGUGGAUUUGGUGAAGAGUGAGAACGGCUACGGCGAGUGCUACGACGGCCACCUGAUGCCCGAGAUGCCGCCCAUCAAAGUAGAGCACGACUCGGACUCUGAGAAUGGCUGCGAUGCCUACGGUCGACCCUGGUCUUGCCGUGACCCGGAGGCCUUCGACCGCCGCUACAGUAAUGGAAUAUACGACCACAGCUCCAGCCUCCAGCUCAAAUCGGAGGCAGAUUUUUACGAUCCGCAGUACUCGCCCUGUCAGCGAGGCAAGGCAGGCAUCAGCCCGCCGUACAACAACGGCAACUAUCAGAACUAUGCAGUCAACAACAGCGCAAACGCCACUGGACGUAUGUCGAAGUGUGACAAAGACAUGAGCAACAGCAACAGCCAGUUUAGUCCUCAGAGACUGUCUCACUCAGACUCUCUAUGCAGCAACCAAUCUGUCAACCUCAUGGACUCGCACGUCUACCCAGUCGCCACACAGGACCCUCACAAAGCCUAUAUGCACCCGGACUACAACAAACAUGAUGUGUAUGAGUUCAAAGGUCACGGCCUGAUUCAUUCAAUCAAGCGGGAGCCCAUGGACUCCCCGCCGUGGUCUGAAAGUGGUCAUGAUAUAAAUCAGUCCAUGAUGGUUCCGAGGAACGUUAUGCCAUGUGUCAUGAGCACUGGGCACCACAAAUCCAGCCCCUACAUUUACAUGCCGUAACAGCGCUAAACAUACGCAAACACAACUGCGGAAAGUCACACACGCACACACAGACAUGUAUGCAUUAUAGUACAUUGUGUCAUUGUUGUCAUACACAUUCACCAGCAUUAUAAAAAGACAAUCUCUAAAUUUGAUGAUUCCCAGGAUGUCAACAUUUAAAGCCCUUCUUCUGCUCGAUGAAGCGGUCAUUAAUAAGGCUCAGGUUCUAGUGUUUGUGUUGUGACAAUCAGAAAUAAUACUUUGAAUCCAGUUUAUGGAUAGAUGAAUUGAUUUUAAAGAAUACAUUUUGUAGUUGUUUCACAGCACUUUUUGGAUUUAGUGACAAUGAGACAAAUUAUGUUUAGAGACACAAUUUCAUUUUUGUUUUAUGUGUUGUGCACACCUGGCUUUUGUGGGAGAAACAAAGAAUUUGCUGUAAAAAAGAAAAAAAAAAGUUAAUUUUUUAACUGUGUACACAAUAGAUGACCUAUACCUUCUACUGGGCUUAUUCAAGGGAGACGUCUGAUUAUUGGUGAUAACUUACCUGCCUUUUCCAUUACUGCCUCCAGUAACUGAUUUAUAUUAAUUAUAAAGUUAUGUUAAGUCACCUAGCAGAGAGCAUCCUGUAUUAAAAAAAAAAAUUAAAU